AUGACUGAGGCAGUGUUCUGGCUGUACAGCGGGCUGGGCGCUGCUCGCGUGCCUCGCUCUGCAGCCAGCACGGUAGAGGUGGAGGCGGUGCCUUGCUCCGUCGUGUCCAUGACGGCGUUCGAGCCCUUGACGGACCCGCGCAACGGCGUGGUCUCCCCCGGCGGCAGGAUCGUGGGCUGCCCCCAAGUCGUGGUCGACGGCUUCCUCGUGGCCGACCACCUCAGAGAGGUGCUGCUGGACCCAGAAAGUGAGAGAUACCACAUCAUCCCAGACACUCUCCGCCAAGAGUUCAUCUUCAGGAUCUUCCAGUUCCUGUGUCUGGGAGGCCAGUGGUGUCAGUACGAGGACGACAUCCAGCCCUACCUGGACACCACCAAGAUGCUCUACAAGGACCUUGUCAGGUGA